AUGCGGUCAGCACUCAAGGAGGCGGCAGAGGCGGCGAAGGAGGAGGCGGCACGAAGAGUAGCAGCCGUGUUGAGAGAAGUCGGCUAUCAAGCACGGGACGAGGAGGAUGAGGAUGGCGACGAUGCAGAAGACUUUGAUCAGGAUCUCGAAGAGGAGGACCACGUCGUGGAGUGGAACUACAAAGGAUCCCCUCCGUCGCAUUGGGACCUGCGAACAUGGCUGCAUGAGGAAGUCAGGCUGGAGACAGAGAUAAACAAAUUCUUUGGUAGAUUCAUACAAGAGAAGAGAUACUCGAGUGGGAGCGGAGAGACUGGUCCUGUGAAGAGACUGGAAAUGGGUGGGCUGACAGAGCACGACGUGAGGAGGUUGUUUGAAUCAGCCUUGCCAGUCCUCGUCUCCAAAGUCUGUGACGCAGUGAGAGACCUGAUGGAAGAUCCCUCUCCUUCAGACACUACGCCGUCCAGCAAGUGUUUCCUAGACGCGUCGAUCUUGACGAGCAAGCGGCGCCACGAGAUCAACUUCUGGCAAGGGGACAGCUCACUGCAGCUCGCGGCGAUGCAAGCAGAGCACUGCUUCUCGCUGGACUCGGACAUGCUGCUGAGGUUCGAGCAUGACAACAUGCUCCUCUCCUCCACCCCCCGGGAGGAGUGGGAGAUCGUCGCUGGCCCGCACGCCCUCAACUUCGAUGGAACCUUUGACUUGAGUUCGGUGCCUCCGCAAGAAGGUGGGAGCGGACAAGGGAGGAAGGGGAGGUCAGUGAUCUCCAUCAAAGACCUCAUGGAAACCUCCAUCGUCGAUCUCUCAGAUGGGAGCUCGCUCAGCGAGGAGGAGGUGGUGGCGCUGCGCCUGUGGACUGGCCCCAUGCACAUCAAGUACAACGCGGCGCUGACAGGGGAGCCGCACGAGGUCGCUGCCUCUCUGCUCGGAAACUCAUACAGCACGACCAUCCAGAUGAUCAAGAGCGCGAUGUUGAAGCUCGCCGCUCACCGGAAGCUCACGGUGGAGAGAUGUUACGUCGUGAUGGAGAGUUGCGGAGAACUCCGAAGGAUCGACAAGACAGGCGAGGAAGCAUUGAACGAGGGGGUACACCAGCAAGGGCUUCGUCUCGGCGACCCGGAACAAGCUCUCCGCCAUGGCUCUGUCAGCAGCCGGGGUGGGGAAGGGAAACAGGCAGCAGGAGAGAACCCCACGAACCUCCAUGGACCUGCUGGGGACAGUUGGAGUCGUCGAGCUGAGACGAUUCUCCUUCCUCCGGGAACUUUUCUCGAGUUCGGCAAACAAGUCUCCAUCCCCGGCAGAAUUCGCUUCCUCCCCAUCCUCGCGUGCCAACUUCCUGACACUUCGUCCUAUGAGGAGGCAAAACCGCCGCUGCUGGUGGCAGGAAAGAUGCUAGAGGAGUCUCUCCGCCAAGAGUUGUACCUCCUGGGAAAGUGUUCUCUUGACCUCAAGGGCAAGUUGGUGGAAGAGGGAGAGAAGAAGUUGGAGGAGGCAAUUCUUGACAACUCAGUCAAGUCCUUGGAGGAGGAGGAAGAGCUCCAGUCCGGGAGGAAGCUGCUGCUCUUCCUCGCGUGCUUGUCUGCUCAUGGUUCUCUCCGCCAACUCCAGCGGACGCCGUCGGAGCAGGACCUGCUGCUUCAUGCUAAGUUCAUUCGAUUCGUCGAGUCCAACAACCUGCGUGAGGAGAGGAGGAGGAGACGAGGAGACGAGGACUAG